UUCAAGUCUACUAAACGGGACAGCCUGCACACCUCAGUGUAAUCUCCUCAGGGAUUUUACCAGAGUUCCUGCCCAAAUGUACAUCUGCCAAUCAACAGGAACAUGGUUUGCAUGGGAUUCGCGCCCAGCGGUGUCACAAGAAUUACCUUGGCCAGAUUGUACCGGGCCAGUUCCAUUUCGAAAAGGGAUGAGUUGGCAAAGCUUUCCUGGAGACUGUUUGGAUCCCAAAGUCCAGAAACUAGCCAAAAAAAACCUGGUGAAAGCCUCCAUUGAUGUUUUUGGUCAGGACUUAGGCCUCGGGGAAGACGACAUCAACAUUGAGUGCGGCAAGAAGGAAAGAAAAAAUAAAAGCGUUCUUCUGGGGCAGGAUAAGAAUUCAAGUUAUGAAUAAGGAGGACCAACCACUCGGAGAGCAACUAACCAAUCAUGGAUGAGAGUUGUUACCUGUCAACACGAAAU